AUGGCGCCGCUGGGCGAGGAGACGCCGCUGAUCGGGGAGCGCUCGUGCAGCCUCUCGUCCACGGAGACGGGGACACUGCAGGUCUUCCUCCCCGCCGUCACCAUCCACGUGGCCGGCGGGAGCGGCGUCUCCUGGAGCUGCAGCGGGGCCGAGAGCCGCCAGCACUUCUGCGACUUCCCCGACAUCGCCGACAUCAGCAUCAAGCAGGCGAGCCGGGACGGCAGCCCCGCCGAGAACCGCGUCGUCACCGUCACCAAGACGGACACCCGGGUGCUGGAGGUGGAGUUCCCGUCGCUGCGGGAAGCCCUCUCCUUCGUGGCCCUCGUCGACGGCUACUACCGCCUGACCGCGGAUGCCCAGCACUACUUCUGCAAGGAGGUGGCCCCUCCUCGGCUCCUGGAGGACCUGGAGAACGGCUGCCACGGGCCCAUCAGCUCCGAGUUUGCCGUGAGCAAGCUGAAGGCGGCCGGGAGCCGCGCGGGGCUCUACCUGCUGCGCCGCAGCCCGCAGGACUUCGACAGCUACCUGCUCACGGUGUGCACCGAGUCCUUCCUGGAGGCCGCCAGCGUCAUGAGCCAGCUCUCGCACAAGCACCUCGUGCUGCUGCACGGCGUCAGCCUGGGCAAGGACAGUAUCAUGGUGCAGGAAUACGUCCGGUACGGGCCCCUGGACCUCUAUCUGAAGAAGAACCACGGCGAGGGCAAGGUGACCACGAGCUGGAAGCUGCAGGUGGCCAAGCAGCUGGCGCACGCCCUCAACUACCUGGAGGACAAAAAAAUCACGCACGGCAACGUCUCCGCUAAGAAAGUGCUGCUGACGCGGGAGGGGGACGCGGCCAGCGGGAGCCCACCCUUCAUCAAGCUCAACGACCCCGGAGUGAGCGUCACCGUCCUGGCCAAGGACACGCUCGCCCAGCGCAUCCCCUGGGUGGCCCCCGAGUGCGUCAGCAACCCCCAGAGCCUGGCGCUGCCGGCCGACAAGUGGAGCUUCGGGGCCACCCUCUGGGAGAUCUUCAGCGGUGGCAACAUGCCCAUGAGCCUGCUGGAGCCGCAGGAGAAGCUGCGUUUCUAUGAGAGCUGCCACCAGCUGCCCGCGCCCAAGUGGCCCGAGCUGGCCACACUCAUCGCGCAGUGCAUGGACUACGAGCCGCGGCACCGGCCCUGCUUCCGCGCCGUCAUCCGCGACCUCAACAGCCUCAUCACCUCCGCGCUGCUGGGCAAGGGCAACUUUGGCAGCGUGGAGCUGUGCCGCUACGACCCGCUGGGCGACAGCACCGGCGAGCUGGUGGCCGUGAAGAAGCUGCAGCAGGACUCGGCCAAGGAGCUGCGGGACUUCGAGAGGGAGAUCCACAUCCUGCACUCGCUGCAGCACGACUUCAUCGUCAAGUACCGUGGCGUCUGCUACAGCCGCGGGCGCCGCGGCCUGCGGCUCGUCAUGGAGUACCUGCCCAACGGGUGCCUGCGGGACUACCUGCAGAAGAACCAGCACCGCCUGGAGCACCGGACCCUGCUGCUCUACGCCUGGCAGAUCUGCAAGGGCAUGGAGUACCUGGGGGCGCAGCGCUGCGUGCACCGCGACCUGGCCAACAGGAACAUCCUGGUGGAGAGCGAGAGCCACGUGAAGAUCGGCGACUUCGGCCUGGCCAAGCUGCUGCCGCAGGGCAAGGACUAUUACGUGGUGCAGGAGCCCGGCCAGAGCCCCAUCUUCUGGUACGCGCCCGAGUCCCUCGCGGACAACGUCUUCUCCCGGGCGUCCGACAUCUGGAGCUUCGGCGUCCUCCUCUACGAGCUCUUCACCUACAGCAACAAGAGCAAGAGCCCCUCCGAGGUGAGACCGCCCCGGGGUCCCGCUGACCCCAUGGGCGCCAGUGCAGGAGGCUUCACUCUCCUGCACCGCGUCCAACCCCGGGGGUUGGUGCUCCUGGCUCCAUCCGUCCAUCACCAUUGA